CUCUCCAGGGGCAGGGGGUUAGUACAACCAUGUAUCAGCAUCAGCUAGCAAUAGUCAUUGUAUUUUGUAGUAACAAUUUACAUGGUCGACGUAAUCGUCCUUGUAUGGCCAUUGGCACAUGGCCAUAUUCUAUGCUGUCAAUAAUGACUUCCCUUUUGGCAGUUUUACUACUGUUUGUAUGCCGGUAUAGUUUAGAUCUACAGUAGAUCUACCCGUGUCAUGCCGCAACAAGCGCUGCUGGAAUGAGCGCCCCAUUGCGGUAUUGGCCCUACUGCAGUACUGGCCCCUGGCCCUCAUGCUCACGGGCCUCAGUUCCCCCAAGCAACUGACAUGACAUUAUUGAUUUUUGGUGUUUAGAGACUCGGUGGUGUAGGAUAGUAUAGGCUUCAUGAACAGAAUCUGAUGUAGCCCUAGCCCUAGGCCUAGGCUUAGGUACAUGUACAAUCAUGUAUGUAUUGUAGGUGCCUAACGUCAGUCUAGUAUUUACGACGUUGACGCGUGCAUCGGACACUGUUGCACUGACUGCGCCACCGAGUCUGUGGGAUAAGAUCUGAGAGGGAGGUCCUGCGAGUUUGUUAUCAAUGGUUUUUCAGGGUGUAGUCGAAAUAGGUCGUGGACAAACAAGUCGAAGGAGGUGCGCUUGUCUGUCCUGCUGCGCCGCACUUCGGCUUACUACUACUAGUGUAACGAUUACGUGGUCGCUGAAAGGCGCACACCUAGAGGAGGCCUCGCACCCACUGUUUCCAAACAGCAUCGCGGUUACGAGUCUCGUCAUACCCGUGCCGCUAGAACAACCGAUUCUGUUUAUAAUCUUUACUGGCACUCGUGAAAGAUCAGGAAUGAGGAGAGCGGUGGUGGUAGUUGGUUGAAUCGAGUUCUAAGACUUCGAAAGCAAGAUCUUUCCUGAACUCAACAGCGGAGUAGCAACGUUUUGGCAAGUGACUCUCAGUUGCACUGGGAACGUUUUGAUAUCCUGAAAAAAUCCAUCCAAGACUGAGUUUAUAACGUCCCUAAUGAUGUUGGAACACAGGAGUGCCAUGCACGAAAUGGUUGCAUCGCUAGCUAAUGCCACUGGAGUCACCGAGCUGCAGCGGCAAGGAGACAUUCUGGUGAAGCAAGCACAACUGGCAAUGCAGGACCGUCUAAAGGCACAUAGCAGCGAAUUGAGCGAGCUGAGGCAGGAGCUAAGUCGCCCCAUUACGGCGAACGUACCUGAUCACCAGCGGGUUAUUGAUGAUUUGUCAUCGGACAGGCGUCUUGCAUUGCAACGCGUUGCUGAGUUGGAAGAAGAAGUCAAUGACUUGAAACUGGUGUUCAUUCUAGGAAAGAAGCUUUCACAAGAAGAUGAGCUGAAGGAGACUAUAGCAAGUCGAACUGAGCAGGUAAAGCGUGAUGAAGAGAUCAUGAGGAAAGAAUUUGAGAGAUUGCGUAAGGAGAAUUUUGAACUGGCCGACAGACUUCUGGUUGCUCAGCGGGAACGCAAUGAGGUCAUUGAAGAGCGCAACGUGGCAAUCCAGAGAUCGGAGCGGCUGGAGCAAGUCGUCAGUGUGCUGAAGAAACGCAUUUCAGCUGGUAGCGCGGCUGGUGAAAUGGGCAGCAGUAUCAAUAUUGCUGGCAGUACAGCUAGUUUAGCGACGAUGGCACAGGCAGCUGACGGUACCCGGAUAACCUCGGCAUCAACUACACAUACACCUACGAGUACGACGGGGCACGCAAGAAAAACACUACCCCCCUAUGGUGGUACAAACGGGCAGUUGGCCGAUGGUGCUGGAAGAGUGUCCAGUAUUCAAUCAGGGCAGUCCAUGGCCAGCAUCGACGGCCGGAUACAUCUUGUCAUGGGCUUAUCCCCAACUGAAACACCCGCAGCUGCUGCUGCUGACGGAGUGCUACACGGCAUAAUCAAACCGGCUCACAACAGCGGUGCGCAGGCGAUGACGAGUACACGACUUCCCGCUUCGUCCUUAGUGCACGCUGCCGCUGAUGAUGAUGAUGGUAUGUUUGAACACAUCUAUGCAACUCCAGUGGAUGUGCAGUAUGGCGAGUCUGUCGCAAGCUACGCAAUGCAUGAUGAGGAAGAUCCUUAUUCACUUCCAUUCGACACACUUCCAAAGUCCAUGCAAUUGAGUACCUCUCCAGGGAAAAAAUCGGCCACAAGUACUGUUUCUCCGUAUGCAUCCCAAGCAGUGACAAUUAACUCAAUGCGGCCGAGAAUUGGCUCAACUGGGCCACCUAUCAAACCGUAUGCUGACGUGAGGAAUGCCGCAACGCCUGAAACACUACCCGUCGGGUCAGGUUUGCAGCGGCGGCACCAGUGGCAGCAGCAGCAGGCAAGCAGCAAUGCUGCGGCGGCAUCAAUGACAUCAAUCAAAUCUGAACCAGUGUACAGUGUGCCGCACAAACCAAGUGGCAGCGGUGGUUGCGCUGCAGUCGUUCAACGUAGAAUGACCGAGUCGGCUCUCGGCAAAGGCCAGGCAAAGCCAGCAAUACAAAGCAAAUCUUCGUCGUUCACCAACCCAGCGUCUGCGUCUUCCCCUUACAGUGCCACACACACUCGCCCUCGCCUGCAAACUGCCAGCCCAAGCGUCAAACCACCUGCAUUACCUCAACGAAGUGGAACUCCUACUCAGCCUUCCAUCACCAAAACUCUAUCAAGAACUCAGAUUUAGUGCGCCCAAUCUAGGACCACCAUGGUAUAUGCACUAGCAAUGUGAAAAGAUCCACCAUGCCGGUGCAUGUACAAGCAAGGUGAACUGAUCUAUAGAUAUAUACAGCUGUAUCCUGUGAUGUGUCCUGUGAUGUGUUGAUACACCAGUAAGCGCUGGCUGAGUCGUUUACUCCAGGUGCAUGAAUUGAUGCUGUUCAGUUUCAGUUUGUGCUGGAGUUGAAGUCCCGAUCACUAGCCGGCCAGUGUCAGUGUGUCUUCCCCAGUCUAGGCACCACAUCGCAGUGUACACGGUGUACGGUCACAGUCACUGAGCGGUUAGCUUCACCAUUGGCAUUGGCCUAAUUACAGUACUAAAAACAACAAUGUUGAAGCCAGAUUCCAGACUGCUUGCUUGCCCCCCCCCCCCUCUCCCCGCAGCAUUCGUUGUGCUCUUGUUACGGCACAAUAUUUGCUUUUAUAGUAGCGCUGCUGCACUGUUGAGCUGAUAAUCCUUUCUAUUCAUUGCACAGUAACAUACUGUUUGACAUUUUUGACCAUUUGACUUGAUUUCAAGGUCGCUAACUAGCUGCA